AUGACCAAUUCUUUAUCGCUGGAUUUUAAAAGCUCUGCAUUGCUUAUCUCUUUAGUUCUUGUUCCCAUCGUCAUCCUUUUCGUUGCCGUGGCUGUGGCCCUUUCGUGCUCGGAACACUGCAGCUAUCGGGUGACCAGACCCGCUUGGCUGGAACGGCUCCUCCGUCAGAGACGCGGAUACAGAAAGAAGAACCGGUCCGAUCUCGAGGGCGGCAACAAUACGCAGGGGACCGAGUCAUCGGAGUCGCCGCUCGAGUACCAAGAGCCCGUUCAAAGCCGAGAGCAGGUCUAA